CAAAUAAUGGUGGUUUGUGGUUCGUAUCGUUGUGUGCGCAUUUCAUUUUCAUUUUGUUUGCGUUUUGUUAUAUGAAGAUUGAUCCCUUUUAUGCAUAAAAUAACUUAUCUAGGGGUUUAUGAUUACCGGAAUAACAAAAAAAUGUUUCUAUGAACUUUAUACUGACUAGAAAAAAGAAAAACAAAGCAAAAUGGCAGACGAGAAAAAGGUUAUGUUUCAUGAAAUGGAGUUGGAUGAUCGAAUUUUAAAGACAAUAUCACAGCUGGGAUGGGCGCAUCCAACUCUAAUUCAAGAAACUGCAAUACCACUGCUGCUGGAAGGUAAAGAUGUGUUGAUGAGAGCUAGAACAGGCUCCGGAAAAACUGCAGCAUUUGCUAUACCUGCAAUACAGAAAAUAUUGAAUCUAAAGAAUACUACUUCACAUCAGUGUAUAAAGGCUCUCAUACUGUCUCCUAGCAAAGAGCUGUGUGGACAGAUAGCGUCAGUAAUAAACAACUUGACACUCAAAUGUGCCAGAGAAGUACGCUGUAUAGACAUAUCUUCCAGUGCUGACACUCACAUACAGAAGUCCUUACUGUUGGACAAGCCAGACAUAGUGGUGGCAACUCCGUCCAGGGCAUUGGCACAUUUGAAGGCUAACAACAUGAGGUUGAAGGAUGACUUAUCACUAUUGGUGGUGGAUGAAGCAGAUUUAGUGUUUUCCUUUGGCUAUGAGGAUGAAAUUAAGGAGCUUUUGGGCCAUUUACCAAAAAUAUAUCAAGCAGUGCUCGCAUCAGCAACUCUCUCAGAUGAUGUCCUCAGUCUGAAGAAGAUAGUCCUAAGAAACCCAGUCACCCUCAAGCUGGAAGAGCCAGAGCUGGCUCCUGCGUCACAGCUGCAGCACUACCAUCUGUUUGCUGAAGAGGACGACAAGGCAGCCAUAUUGUACGCUCUGCUCAAAUUGAACCUUAUUAGAGGGAAAAGUAUAAUAUUUGUGAGAACAGUGGACAGGUGUUACAAACUGAAACUAUACCUAGAGCAGUUCAAGAUAAGCUCGUGCGUGCUGAACUCUGAGCUGCCGGCUGCUGUGCGCUGCCUGUCGGUGGAGCAGUUCAACCGUGGCCGCUACCAGAUCAUCGUGGCCUCGGACGAGAAGGCGCUGGAGAAGCCAGAUGGAGGGAUGUUGGCUGGCGAGGAGAUCGGAUCCAAGAAACGGCAAAAAUCAAAACGGAGAAAAGACAAAGAGUCAGGCGUGUCGCGAGGCAUCGACUUCCAGCACGUGUCCAACGUCAUCAACUUUGACUUCCCGUUGGACGUGGCGUCCUACGUCCACCGCGCUGGACGCACCGCGCGCGGCAACAAUCAGGGUUCAGUCCUGUCGUUUGUGUCGAUCCGAGAGAAGCCGCUGAUGCAUGCUGUGGAGGAGCAUUUGUCCAGAGGGUUCAAAGGACAACAAGUUUUACAGAAGUACGAGUUUGCGCUAGAAGAGGUGGAGGGUUUCCGCUACCGGUCGCGGGACGCGUGGCGCGCCGUGACGCGCGUGGCGGUGCGCGAGGCGCGUCUCAAGGAGAUCAAGCAGGAGCUGCUCAACUGCCGCAAGCUGCAGGGUUACUUCGAGGAGAACCCCACGGACCUGGCGGCGCUGAAGAGGGACAAGGCCCUCCACACAGUGAGGGUGCAGCCGCAGCUGGCGCACGUGCCGGAGUACCUGCUGCCCGCCGCGUUGCGCAGCGAGCAGGGGGACGAUGUGGAGGCGCCCCCUGCACCUAAGAAGAGGAAACAGUCGAAUAAACCCAAAUUUGGAAGCGCUAAGAGGCAUAAAUAUCAGGCGCGUCAAAGCGAUCCGCUGAAGAGUUUCAAGGUGAAGAACAUGACUCAGCCGGCGGCGCCGUCGACCGCCUAGCACGAACUUUAGCGCGUCGCCGCUAGUUCGGGUUAUACUGGGUUAGUUAAAUAUGGUUGGUUAGUACGCGAUGGCUGAAUAAUAUGAAUAUACAAUUAUGUUUUUGUUUA